UGUCACUUCACUUGUGCUUCGAUCUUCUUGGCGUUAACAUCGUCUUCUUCUUACGCCGUCGUUGUCGUCGUGAUCUUAUUGUUUCCCCUUCGAUUUAAAUCAUAAUUAUUUUGAUUUUGAUAACAGCUCUAAGAUGAGUUUCCUUAAAAAAUUACCAAUGCGGUCGAUCAUCCAGGCUGUGCAACGUCAACAAUGUGCUGCCUAUUCCGAAGGAGUUGGUAUGCUGCCCUUGACUUUCCUCACCGAAGACGAGAAAAUGAUGAAGGAAACAGUUGCUAAACUUGCCAAAGAGACUAUUGGUCCAUUGGUGAAGAAAAUGGACGAAGAACAUCAAUUCGAUCCUUCAGUGGUAGAUGCUGUUUUUCAAAAUGGAUUAAUGGGCAUGGAAAUCGAUACAGAACUUGGAGGAAGUGGUUGUAAUUUCUUCACAACAAUUUUGGUAGUUGAAGAGCUUUCAAAAAUUGAUCCAGCUGUUGGUGCUUUUGUUGAUAUUCACAAUACUCUUGUUAAUUCUUUGAUGAUCAAAGUAGGCUCGAAGGAACAAAAAGAGAAAUAUCUUCCUAAAUUAGCUCAGGAAUAUGCUGGUAGUUUCGCCUUGACUGAACCAUCUUCAGGAUCGGACGCUUUUUCUCUAAAGACUGUUGCUAAGAAGGACGGAAAUCACUAUGUUAUCAAUGGAACAAAAAUGUGGAUUUCGAAUUCAGAUGUUGCUGGAGUUUUCUUAGUUUUCGCAAAUGCUAAGCCAGAAGAUGGCUACAGAGGUAUCACCACAUUCAUCGUUGACCGUGAUACUCCCGGUCUUAGCGUUGCCAAGAAGGAAGACAAGUUAGGAAUUCGUGCAUCGGGUACCUGUAUGGUUAACUUCGAUAACGUUCGCGUACCUGAGGAGAACCUUUUGGGUGAAUUUGGUAAGGGUUAUCAAUAUGCCGCUGGUUUCUUGAAUGAAGGUCGUAUUGGUAUUGGCGCUCAAAUGAUUGGUUGUGCUCAGGGCUGUUUUGACGCCACCAUUCCCUAUUUGAUGGAACGCAAGCAGUUCGGUCAAGAAAUCUACAAUUUCCAAUCGAUGCAACAUCAAAUCGCAACUGUAGCCACCGAAAUUGAAGCUGCCCGUUUGUUGACAUACAAUGCUGCCCGUUUACAAGAACAAGGUCGUCCUUUCUUGAAGGAAGCUGCUAUGGCUAAAUACUAUGCAUCUGAGGUAGCCCAAAGAGCCACAAUUAAGUGCAUCGAUUGGAUGGGUGGUGUUGGAUUUACCCGUGAUUUCCCACAAGAAAAAUUCUACCGCGAUGUUAAGAUCGGAGCAAUCUACGAGGGAACAACCAAUAUGCAGCUGAGUACUAUUGCAAAGGCUAUCAAGAAAGAAUAUUCGUCUUAAGGUUGAGUCUUGAAUUUCAAGAUUGUGAUAGACUUGGAAUUGAGUUGUUUCUUAUUUUUGUUGAAAUGUUUUGUAUAAGUUUGUUCUACAAAAUCAGAAUCGCAAUAUAAAUGUUUUUAUGUUAAAAAUUAGAAUUAUAAGGAAAAAUGUAAACAAAAUGAUUCCCAUUCCAUAACAUUUUUUAACGUGUAACAUAGUUUAAUAUAUUAUGUAGUCGUGGCAGAUUUUAAAGUGCAUUUAUUAGUUUGUUAAGCUUUAUAAAAUGUUUGUCAAACGUGUUUUUAAAAUAAAUAAUUUACACUAAUUCAAUCAAAUAAAAUAA